GAGCGGCGGCAGCAGCAGCAGCGUUCCUUGAGUUUCGCCUCAGUAGCUUUCCAAGCGCGCUCCGACGGGCAGCGCCUCGGAGCGCUCCUCCCGUCGGCUAGGGCUUUUCUUCCUGCCGAGGGAAGGCUGCGGCACUCGGCGGCAGCGCUGCUGCUUCCCGACGGGGAGCAUGGGCAAAGGGCUCCCCGCCCGGCGGCGCCUUCGACGUAAGCAAGCAAAGCGGCAUAAAAGCGCGGGCGGCGAGGCGCGGGACCCAGAGGCCGGCUGGAGGCGCCAUGCAGCGGCAGCCAAAGGAAAAGGAGGAGGAGGAGAAGGAACCCCUGCUGCUCAGCCAGGAGCCGUAUAUCCAAAUAUUACCAGUUCCUGAAAUGAAUGGACAAUCUGUCACUGCAUCCCCCAGCGGUUGGAAUGAGUUCUGUGAGCAGCAUGCCAUCACCACGGCCCGAGAGCUGGCCCGAAAGUACCUCCUUUUUGUCAACGAGAACCCCCAACAUGAAGUCUUGGCUGCUGACCAUUUCUCCCUCCACUUUGCUGCCCUCUUCCAGCAAUACUUUCGCAAUGAGCUGAAGGAUAGUUGUACUAUGAACCGGUACCACUUUAUUCCAAUGACCAAGGCACAAGACUACCGUGAGACUGGCCAAAAACAUGCCGACAAUUUCCUUGGGACGGUUGGGACCAAGACUGAGGUUGAUUUGGAUGAUCAGUCUGACUGGAUGCUGGAAGAUUGUCCCUCAGGCCUGGCCAAGUCUUGGAGUUGUGAGGAGCUUUUAGGAUCUUCUUCCUCAGGAGCUGCGAGAAGGCACUUUUCCCUGGAUCGUCUGAGGAGGAGUUGGCGGAACCUUUUCUGCAGGAGAACCCCAGAACCUCCUCCUGGCGGUGGAGAAAGGCCGGAUUCUGUUUCAAAGUCUGGCCUUGCCCGAAAGAUCUUUCCUUGGGCCCUCUCACGAGAUCUGUCAUCUCAGAUUCGGAAAGAGGGUUCUCUGAAAUACUGGAUGGUGACAGAGGCCACAGUAGAUAGUGGAACGUGCUGGCAGAAAUGCCGAUUAGUUUUGCAGAAAGAAGGACGAUCGGACAUUGUGAAUUAUGUCCUGGCACUGUUUGACCCCCCCAAGAGUUCAAAGCCAAAAUGGCAAACCAGCUGCUUGGCCAUCCAAGAAGUACGACGGUGCACUUACCUGGAGAUGCCUGAAAAUGCACGCACCUUUGUGCUCAAGGUAAAUACCUCCGCGGACAUCAUUUUGGAGGCCGGAGAUGAGCAGCAGCUGUCUUCGUGGAUAUCUGAAAUUAAAGAAUGCCUCCCUCAAGGGUCAACGGGAGACAAUGUAGACCUGACCUCAGAUUCGCAUUCAGGGACUACAACUACAACUGUGAGCCCCACAAGCAGCAGCAGUGCGGAUUCGCUCAACCAAGCUGCCAUGCCACCGAGCCCCCCGGACCGUCACCUGGCCACUUUCCCCUGGUUCCAUGGCCCCAUUUCUCGAGUCAAAGCGGCCCAACUCGUCCAGCUCCAAGGCCUUGAGGGACAUGGGGUUUUCCUCAUCCGGCAGAGUGAAACGCGCAGAGGAGAAUACGUCCUCACUUUUAAUUUCCAAGGAAGGGCCAAGCACCUCCGCCUUUCGCUGACUGAGAGGGGCCAGUGUCGCGUCCAGCACUUGCACUUCUCCUCCAUCGUGGACAUGCUGCACCACUUUCAGCGCUGGCCCAUCCCCUUGGAGUCAGGCACUACCUGUAAUGUGCAGCUGUCCAGUUACGUGAUGGUUGCCUCAUCUGCGCAAGCAGGCUCCAGCAGCCCUGUGCCCUUCGUCCCCUUUGUCCGCCAGCGCCAACCGGAUUUCAGCUUUUUCCCGAUGAACCUCUCCCACUGCCCCCGGAUCCGCCUGUCUGACAACCUCCGCCGCAAUUCCUCGGGGGAGCAGAUUUUCCACCUGGUGCCGCCUCCGGAAGAGCUGGCCCGCAGCAUCCUGGCCUCCUCCCACCUUGCCCCACUCCCCACCCGCGUGUGGGACAAUGACACCCAGGCCCAAACCCAGGCCCCGGCCCAGGCCCCGGCCACAGCCCAGGCCCAAGGGAGGGGACACCUGCGGGCGGUUAGCAACCAGUACACCUCCGUCUGACCUGCUAUCCAGGGCGGGCACCUGCUUUUGCACAAAACUCUGUUGGCAACAUGUUUGGGAGGGCCCCUGAAAAUGUGUGUAUCCCUUGCAGCUCUGUUUACUCUGUGAUUUGUACAGUAGGUUGUUGGGAUAGCGCUGUGACUCUGAUUCGGUCUGUUAAAGUGCCAUUUGUUGUUGCCUUGGUCUCGUAUCGGUUUUGCACAUGGCUUUCCCUUUGCUUUGAGUUUCUUUGUUCCAGGUACAUACAAUGCUCUGCAGUUGAUUGACUUUGUCUCUUCCUCUAAUCCCAUUCCUCCUCGGAGGAGAGGGGCUGGAUAGUGAAACGUGGAAGGAAACAGGUCAAACUGGUUGCCGUUACUGACACAAACAGAUCUGCUCCUCUCUUUCUGGUUCCCCAGUGUUCAUGUUGUUGAAUUCUUGUUGAGCAGAGCCACUUUCUUGCCUGUUUUGUGGAUUAUUAUAAAGUGUUGUGUUUGAUUAAGUUUGUGUUAGGCAGAGUUACAUGACUAGAAACAGCCUAUUGCUGAAACAGCACACAGCAGAAACCCAUCUGAUCCCUCAAUGAUCUUGAAGAGCCAAACACUAAACAUCUCUUUUGUGGGCUGAGCUCCAAGCAGCCUCUGCUCCCUCAGUGCCUUUCCAGAAAUUGCACCCCCCCCCCCACCCUUGAGGAUAUGCAAAAAUGCAGCUUCACUACACAAAAGGAUACAGGUCAAACUGCACAGGGCAAAGGGACCUGCAGUUCUGUGACUAUGUCGAAGUGUGUAGGAAAUGGCCUUACUCAACAUGAGAACCUGUGCCCUUGCACUGCAACUCUCAUCAGCACUGGUCUGAGGCUUAUGGGAGUUGGAGUCCAGAAGCUCAGGCAGGGCUGGACUUCUUAGCCCUAGCUAAUGCCGUCCUUUGAGCUGGAGGUGCUGGGUGACUAAAGGAGGGCUCAAAUGCUUUCAAGACAACAUACACUCUUCUGCAUUAUGCCUCCUUGAAGUAAGCUCACCCUGACUGGCUUUAUUAUUUUUUAAAUAUAUUUUACCUGUACAAAGUGUGGUUAUUUCCAACAACAGUUGGCUCAUAACCCUUCUUUUGAAGACAGGAGUAAGUAGGCACUUUAAACAUUUCAGUUAUUGCUCUUUACCUAAAGACACUAGUGUAUCCCUAGGCUGCAUACCUUCUGCCUCCAAACCAGGGCAUUUUCAAAAUCAGCCCCUCUCAACCUCUGAGGUGGUCUUAUGCCUCACUCCAGCUGAAAGCAGCCAUAUUCCUCACAUCUUGGUGUUAAAAUGGAUCAAGCUGAAACUGUGUGAGAAGAGAGCAGCCUCUGCUGGGCAAAGAUAUUUUCAUCACAGAUUUUGAAGCUGCACCCUUGGAACUUCCUGUGUCGCUGAAAACCUUUAUUUAAAAAAUAACAUUGAUUUAAACCCACUGCGGUGGCUUUCUUGCCUGCAGGGACCUGAAACCAUGUGCUCCCCAAGCACAGUCAGGCUAAGCUCCAAGUGCCUACACAAGUGCCAACCAGGCUGGUUGCCUCUUUUAGAGGAAGGAAGCACCCUUUGGCCCAAAGACGAGUAGGGCAAGGCUCAGGCAGCUUCUGGCUUUUAACUCGGGGCUGCAUUUUCCUGCUACAGAAUGACUUCGUUCCACACCAGACUCAUAGGCUGCCAAACUUUGCCUAGCCUAGCCUGAUUCCUUUGCUAGCCUCUCACCAAGCACAACAUGCCGUGUUCAGGAGAGGCAUACAACUGCACUGCCCUUCCAAAAAUAAACAUGGCCGAUCUUCUUUCACUUUAUCCACAUUUUUGUGUUUACAUGCAACUGACUGACUGGAAAACAACUUGAGCUACAAGCUGAGGCCUCUAGAUGAGAAGGCAGAAGGAGGAGAAAGACGGGAGUACACCAACUCCUUUUUGCAGAAACAGGACAGAACUCUUCUUUCAACAGGGACAUGCAGGAUAAAUUCUUCUUUGUGGCCUCUGUGAAUCACAAAUGGAUUCUCCUGCACCUGCACACUGCACCUUCCAAACUGUCUAGACCCGUGGUUCUCAGUCGUUGGUCUUUCAGGUGUUUUGGACUCUAACUCCCAGAAGUCACAGCCAACUUACUAGCUGAAGUCCAAAAUACCUGGAGAACUAGAGGUGGAGGACCAGUGGUCUAGAGCUGUAGAGAGACAUUUUUGUGUGCUGUGGGCAGGCUAACCCUUUGGUGCAAUUUCACAGGUGAUCAACACAAUUACAGGUUGGCACCCAGCCCCCCCCCCCCCCCCAAAUUGCUUAGAAUAUAACCAGCUCCCUGCUCUGGCAUGCCUUGCAAGGCCUGGCAUCAUGGUAAACAUCCAAAAACCCACUGGUGUCUCUUUCCAAGCCUUAGUGCUUUGCAAACACUAGGCCAACUCUUUGUGGUCAACUUGCUACAGGGGACUCUAGAGGAGUUUUCUUUUCAGUGUGUUCAAAAGCAUUUCUAGAAGUCAGCUUGUUUGCCAACUUCAUUAGAUGCAGCUUUACAGGACUACAGUCAUCAGCCAUAAAAAUAAAAAACAAACCGGAGGCACAUAUGUGAGAAAUCUUUGUUGCCUGGUGGGAAAGCGGGGGCCAAUUUGCCCCAAGACCCAUGGAAGGAGGGGAGAGGUUAAGAAGUUCUUAAUCCCUACCAUAAUCCAAUGUGCCUUCUUUAAAAAUGAGUUGUGGAAUGAGAAACUACUAUUCAUCAUCAUGGUCCCUGUAAAUUCGCACAUAUGGUGUUUCCUACGUGCCACACUGGACAGCAGUACGUCAGCCCAAGUUGGAAUUGGGGUUAGGCUAUUUCAAGAAUUCCGUGCCUUCUUUCAGUUCUCUUCAGCAGAUUAUAAGAAGCUACAUAUGCUCUGGAAUAGCCAUUUUGCCAACUUGCCACCAUCCUUCCUAACGGAAUAUGACUCUCAUAAUCCCUUAGGAAGGCAAGAGAAAAGUUGGAAUAUUCGACAGCAGUAAGUCAGCCCAAGCUGGAAUUCCUUAACACAGGAACAAGGCUAAGGCUUUUGCAAGAAUUCCGUGCCUUCUUUCAAUUUUCUGAGCAACUUACAAGACGCUACAUAUGCUCUGGAACGGCCAGAGACCACCUUGCCAAGUCUCACCUUGCUUUGAGAGUACCAUUUCACUCUGCCAACAGAAAUAGCCUCAGAGUUCUCAACGUUACAGUGGGGAGGCCAAGCCUUCAGCACUUUGUAGUGCAAAACUUCAUACAUUGGCCAAGGUACUUCUGUGGUUUAUAAUCCCUUAGGAACAUGGGUCAGCCAUGAAGUAUGUUUUUCAUGCUCUGGUUUCUCAGUUCCCAAGCACAAUGGGGCAAGGAAGGCCUUCCAGGGGUAAGGCAGAUACAUUCAGGGGCAUGCCACAUACUUUGAUUUGAGCAAAACUCCUGUGUUCAAAAGAUUGGGGCUCCCAAUUUGUCCUCUGAAGUUGGCUCAGGCGCCUAGAUGCUAAAGCCUUCCCUAGAGUCUCCACUUUUUUCACAUUGAGCAAAUGUAUCUCUAUAGACAAGACACCAUUUAUAGGUUCCACCACUUGAUCUCCCAAAUAGAAUGUUAAAGAAAACUGUGUGUUCUUUUGAAGCCUUUCCUGCUCUUGUAUAGUAGAACUGUUCUAUAUUUUGUCUCUGUAUGUACUGUACAUGUAAGUUAUUAAGUAUUGCAAAAAUAUGUAUACAGAUCUCAUGCAGUAAAUGAAAUUGUUUAAAAUGUA